AAAGAGGGUUUAAUACUUGAGGUCUUUGUCCCCAUCUAGGGCUUCGGCUCUCCCCUCUCCAAGCUUCUCAGUCUGGGCUGGAUUGCUCCUGGUUAAGGCGCGUGUACGUGCAUGUGUCCUCGUCUCUAAGCAUUGGCGAGUGGACAGAAAACUACCUACGGAGGCCAAGCGGACAUAGGUCGGAACUCGCAACCAUGGCGCUGAAGGCGCUUGUGGUGUCGCUGGCAGCUCUGCCCUUCGCCAAGGGCGAGACCGUCCUCGGCGUCUACAUCUUUCACCGCCAUGGUGACCGGACGCCCAAGAGCCUGGCGCCGGUGAAUCUAACCGCGCUGGGUGCCGACGAGGCGUUCCAGUCCGGCGGCUACUACCGCAGCCGCUACAUCGCGGCCGACGCUAGCUCGCCCAUCCUGGGGCUGAGCCACGACAUCGCCGUCAGCACGCAAUUGAACGUCAUCUCGCCGCCCGACUCGGUGCUCCAGACCUCGGCCAUCGCGUUUCUGCAAGGCGCCUACCCGCCCGUCGGCGUCAUCGGCAUCCAGGAGCUCGCCAACAGCUCGUCGGUGCAGUACCCGCUCGGCGGCUACCAGUACAUCCCCGUAGAGGCGGUGGCGACGGCCUCGUCGAACCCCAACUCGGAGAACAACGAGUGGCUCCAGGGCGGCUCGGGCUGCGGCAACGCCAUGGUCAGCUCCAACAACUAUUUCCAGUCGGCCGCGUACGCGCGCACGCUCGAGGAGACGCGGGCCUUCUACGGCGGCCUGCUGCCCGUCAUCGGCGGCGUCUUCAGCCCGGCGCAGGCCAACUUCAAGAACGGCUACACCAUCUUCGACUACAUCAACGUGGCCACGGUGCACAACGUCAGCAUCCCGGGCGCCGAGCUGCUCACCGACGCGACGAUGCGCCGGCUCAAGCUCCUCGCCGACGAGCACGAGUGGAACCUGGCGUACAACGAGACGGAGCCGAUCCGCGCCGUCGCGGGCUCGACGCUGGCGGCGCAGGUGGUGGCGCAGCUCAGUAACACGCUGGCGAGCGGCGGGCGCACGCCGCUCAGCGUCCAGUUCGGCGCGUACGCGAGCUUCAUGUCGUUCUUCGGGCUGGCGGGGCUCGGGCGGCUGUCGGACGACUUCACGGGGAUCGUGGGGUACGCGUCGUCGAUGGCGUUCGAGCUGGUGACGAACGCGAGCGGCGUCGGGACCGGCGGCAGCUACCCGGCGCCCGAGGACGUCGCGGUCCGCUUCCUGCUGGCCAACGGCUCGGCCGCCGAGGCGCCGCCGCGCGAGUUCCCGCUCUUCGGCACCGGCCGCUCGCCGCUGCCCUGGCCCGACUUCGCCGCCGAGAUGGCCAAGUUCGCCAUCGGCGACACCGCCGCCUGGUGCGCCGCCUGCGGCAACACGACCGGCCUGUGCGCCGACGAGGCCAUCACGGGCGGCAGCGGCAGCGGCAGCCACGGCGACGCGGCCGCGGCGCCGGAGACGUCGACCAACGCCGUCUCGCUCCCCGUGGCCGGCGUCAUCGGCGCGCUCGUCGCGCUCGUCGUCGUGCUCGGCCUCGAGGCCUUCGUAUACGCGGUUGCGGGCCUGAGGCUAGUCCGCAAGUCGACGCUGGCCUCGCUCGGCGCGGCCGGGGCAGCGUCGGCGGGUGCCGCGGCUGAUAAGAAGGUGUAGGGGGCGGUCUAGGGUCUAAUUGG